AUGUCCGUCAGCCUGGAGUCGCUUCUGCACCAACCCGUGUGCUGCCACUUGGCCCACGGUGAGGAGUACCGAGGCCAGCUUGAGGCUCUGGACGGCACCUUCGAUGUGGUCCUGUCGCAGUGCACGCGGAGCCGCGCCGCCCCAAGGCAACCGGCUGAGGCCCUCGUUUUUCUGCGCGGCGAGAACAUCAUCUACAUCGGCUUCGACGAGUCGUCCAGAGGUGAGGACGGGACCACCGCGUGA